AUGACUUCUUGCGAUGGAUACUGCUGGACACCAAAGGAGGGCCUCAAAGCUGGUGUGCCGUCCGUUGGAGUGAUCUCUCCUUCCUCCAACAUCAGCAGCCUGGAUGUCGUCUACGAUGUUGUAGUGAUCGGUGCAGGAUACUUUGGCUUGACUGCAGCCCGUAACAUGGCUGCCGAAGGUCUGAAUAUGGGCGGUACAUGGAUCCAUUGGGCACAAGCUAAUGUCUGGCGCGAAGCACUGCGCUAUCAGAUGCAGCAGGACUUGGAGAAGAGUUUUGAUUUUUCGAAAGGCGUAAACCAUUUCGAACUCCGCUCAACGCAUGAGUCCAUCACCAUGAGCCAUAAAGAGGAGGACGAGCUCGUCGCAUCGGCAUUGGAGAAGUUUACUAACAUAGAUGGCGUUUACGGUCGCAAAGUAAUUCCCCUCCCAUGUUCUACAUUCAAAAACCCAGAAUCCAGCUCGCUCGACUUGAUAUCAGCACAAGAUCGCAUCAAGGAAAUUGCUAAUACUCUGACUCCUCAGGAGCGCACUGUCCUCGAGGCUUCCAUACUCCUCGCCAGUGGUGGAACACUGGAAACCACAAGUUUCCACGAGUUCAUGCACUGGUGGGCCAUGUGCGGGUACACAUAUGCAGGCUGGAUGGAAAGGUUGAUUACGUGGAAGUUUCGAGACGGGCAAUCAGCAUUUGCACAAAGGUUCUUUGAAGAAGCCCUCGCCACAAGACGAUUAUCAUAUGCGUUCAACACGCCUAUCAAAAAUAUUCACGACACCGGGUCCAGCGUCAAAGUUACCACUCGCAAAGGUCGGACCUACCGUGCUCUUCGUACCAUAUCUACUGUACCUCUCAACGUCUUGAGCAGCAUUACAUUCGAUUCCCCACUGUCGGCUGGCAAGCAAGCAGCAAUAGCUCUAGGCCAUGUGAACCAAACAACCAAAGUACACGCGGAAAUCGCGAACCCCGAACUUCGAUCAUGGACAAGCGUGAACUAUCCAGACAACAAGCUGAACUGCGCCAUUGGUAACGGCACAACACCAGCUGGAAACACACAUAUCGUAUGCUUCGGCGGUCAGCACAAUCACAUGGAUCUCGAGGCCGACAUUGACGUCACAAAGCGCGCUGUAUCUAGUCUCUUCAAUCCUAUACAAUACGACGCAGAUGAAAUCACUAUCGAAAGAAUAGUGUUCCAUGACUGGAGCCAGGACAAGUUUGCGAAGGGGGCUUGGUUCUUCUCGCCGCCUGGGUUGGUGGUGAAGCACCUAGGUGACAUGUGUAAACGUCAUGGAAAUAUUCUGUUUGAAAAUUCGGAUUGGGCGUUGGGAUGGCGGGGGUUUGUUGAUGGGGCUAUUGAAGAGGGUACAAGGGUAGGAUACGAAGUCCGAAAGGAUUUAUUAGGAGAGUCAGCUUCUAGAUUUAUGUUAUAA